GUCACUCUAAGCUUGUUCUUAUCUCACACGAAGCUUCGAAUUCUCCCUACGGCAACCCCACGGGACUCCUACCAUGAUAUCUCUAGAUAGGCUUUCCACUUAUCAACCCUUCCCCUGGCUGAGCGUCAACUCGAAUUACCAUGGGCAUCGAUAUCUUUAGCCAUGACCUCGCAGCCGAGCAUUCUGCCCUUCUACUGCUUUCUGUGGUCCUCAUUCUUGGGAUAGCCGCGAUUUUGUCUUUGAGACGCAAUACUGGACCCUUACCGCAGCCAGCUGCGGAUUCCAAAGAAGAACGCGCUUUUGGAGCAUGGACGCCACAGCAGUUUCAGUAUCCUGCAUUUCCCUCGUGUUCUCUGAGCCUAUCGGACAUCAAACCGAUCCCGUACAGACCAUUUCGAUGGGGACAGUACAAUGUCACAAUGGGUAUUCGUAAUAUGCCCUGGGAGGAUUGGAUUGAGCUCGACAACCAAUUCGCCACGUAUCAUCAGAUUCGCGACCGCCGCAUUCGCACGCAGGGUAACAACGUUGUGCGUGUUCUACCAGCUAGGCCUAUCGUUGGUUCAGGAGCUUCCGCAGCCAUUGAAUUAGUCCAUGAAUUAUCAGAGUACUUGCACAAGAGAUAUCCAGCUGUUUUCCAUGUUACUCGAACAGAAGGCGCUAUCAAGACUAUUAGCAUCCUACCAUUGGAUGUAACCUAUGAACUCCCACCUUGUUUACUAUCAAGCAAUAAAGGUGCCCCGCCAUAUAUUCGCAAAGUAGAGGUAGGUGAAGCCGAGGAAGCGAUGAAAAUUGCGGCGUUGUUGGUGCAGGAUGAUCUCGCACUGAUGGUCGAAGGAUCUGAUGGACGUUAUUAUUUCCAAGCAGGAGCAAUAUGUGUUCCAGGGUUCUGGCGUAUGCGGGACAAGAUAGGCUUGCCACUUGACGAGAUUCACCUUUCUGGAAAUGUUCCUCAGUAUCGUGAGAAGCUGCAUACGAGUUUCGAGCGAUUCUUCCGUCGGCUUCCUGUUGACAAGCCUGUCAUCCGCAACAAUUACUUUGUACAAGUGGUCCGACUUCAAGGUCAGGAUAGAGGCAUCGAAAAUGAUCUGGUAGACCCAGAAGAAUUAGCUUGGUCCACGACGACGAAUGGCCCAGAGAGGGAAUUCGCACAUGGGCACCCCGCGCGUCCUCCUGAGCAUCCGGUGGUCUCCCCGGAGACUCUGAGAUUACGAACAGAGCGCCAGACGCUGCGAAGAUUGUCUCUGUCUGGUGCCGUACUAUUUACGAUUCGGACGUACGUGAUACCAAUUGAACAGUUGGCGAAAGAGCCGGGCGUCCCGGCAAGGAUGGCAAGCGCCGUGAGAAGCUGGCCGGAGAGCGUACAGACGUACAAGGGCAAAGAGCUAUAUGGGAGUAUCUUGGUGGAAUAUUUGGACAAAUGCGCACAAGAACAGGCCGAUAGAGGUGUAAAGGAGGAUCCAACGAAGAAGUACCCGUUCUAGAUUGUCGAAAAAACAUUUAUGUUGUUAUGUUAGAGGGGUUACGCUACUCUGGGUGUGUCCAGGAACACGCGUGGUAAAUGUGGUCCAUGUGCCUGGGGAGGAGGUCAAAAAGCUUCCUUUUG